AUGCUCGCUGCAGAUGUUAAGCAGAUGCUGAUGGUUAAAGAAGAAGCUCCUGAAGACCACAGAUCUGUUGCUGGGCUGCAUGACCCAAAACCCUGGCAGAUAAAGGAGGAAGAGGAGGAAGUCUGCAUCAGUCUGGGAGGAGAGCAGCUCAGCGGGAAGGAGGAGAUUGAUGCCAUGAGGUUUCCAGUCUCUGCUACUCUCAUAAAGAGUGAGGAUGAUAAACAGUUCAUUCUGCUCUCACAGAAUCUUUAUAAAGAUGAAAUUAAAGACAGAGAUCUUCCAAAAGAAAGUGAUGGGGGAGAAUCCAUCAAAAUAGAAAACUGUGGAGAUGCUUCUAUUCCCUUAAAGACUGAAGAUACUGAGAAGGAUGAAGAGGACGACGAUGUAAACAAGUCUACUUCUGAGUUAGAUUCUGGUCUAAAAACUGAGAACUUGGACAAUGACUCAAAGGAGAGAAGAGCUCCAGAAUCAGAAGGAAACAUUAACAAACCUUUUAACUCAGAGUGUCAUGAACAAUUUGUUCACUCUUGCUCUCUUCAGAAAGAUAUGACAGAUUCAGAAAUGGGAUCUUCGACCACUGUGGGUAAUAAAUGUUUAACAGAGAAGAAAAAUGUGGACUCAAAAAGUAAGAUCCAGACAGGAGUGAAGUUGAGCUGUGAAUACUGUGGUAAAACAUUUUCUGGUAAAUACACUUUAAACACACAUGAGAGAAUCCACACAGGGCAGAAACCUUUCUGUUGUGAUCUCUGUGGACAAAGGUUUAACCAAAAAUCAACUUUAAACAGACACAUGAGAAACCACACAGGACAAAAACCUUUCAGCUGUGAUUUUUGUGAACAAAAAUUUAGCCAGAAAUCACAUUUAAUCAGGCACACGAGAAACCACACUGGACAGAAACCUUUUUGUUGUGACUUUUGUGGACAAAGUUUUAGCCAAAAAUCACAUUUAAGCAGACACAUGAGAAACCACACUGGAGAGAAACCUUUUGGUUGUAACUUAUGUGGACACAAAUUUGGUGAGAAAUCAAAUUUAAACAUACACAUGAGAAUCCACACAGGACAGAAACCUUUCUGUUGUGAUAUUUGUGGACAAAAUUUUGCCGCAAAAUCAAAUUUGAUCACGCACACGAGAAGCCACACAGGACAGAAACCUUUCUAUUGUGAUCUCUGUGGACAAAAAUUUAGCCGAAAAUCACAUUUAAACACGCACAUGAGAAUCCACACCGGACAGAAACCUUUCUGUUGUGACCUCUGUGGACAGAAAUUUAACCAAAAAUCUAAUUUAAACACACACAUGAGAAUCCAUACAAAAGGAAAAAAUGUUUAGCUAUUAAUACUCAAACUGCGAUUAUUUAUCACAACAUUAUUGUCAUUAACGUCAAGAGUUUUCUCUCUGUGGUUUCUGCAUUAUCUCGUAAUUUUGGUAUUUUAUUUCUUAAACAAUUAGCUGUAAUAGACUUUAUUUGAGAAAUAUUUAUUUUAGAUAUAAAAACCAUACAGUAAUACUGUAACAAUACUGCAGGUUGUUUAGUUUUUAGAAAUUUUAAUAAAAUACUGUCACACAAACGUCACCAUGUUGUUCACGCUGCAAUGCAUUUUGGGUAAAUGACAUCCAUAGGUCCAACUGCACCAGCUCCGUCCAGCCAAACCAGCAAUGACGAACGUCAUUGAGCCUUUUUGAUUUGAACCGGAGCACGUUAAAAUCAAUGGGAAUGUAGAAUGAAAAUGACAAUAAACAAACAGAUGAA